AGCGCCGGAGGUGCUCCAAGGGAAAUAUGGCAAAGCUGCUGAUGUGUUCAGUUUUGGGUUGACAAUCUUGGAAACUGCUUGUAACAUAAUGGUCCCUGAUCAAGGUGACGCUUGGCAACGGCUGCGGCGUGAAGACUUCUCGCAAGUGGAUCUGAAUGAUAGUCCCGAGCUUCUCGAUCUCAUUAGACGUAUGAUGCGCACUGAUCCAUCACACCGAAUCAGUGUUCAUGCCAUCUGUCUCCACCCCAUCGUUUCUCGGGCGCGGAUGAAGAUGGAUGAGGUGUAUGAGGCAGCCAGGGCAACGGGGGCAAAUGUGUUUGCUGCAUCCCCGCUUGCGAGUGUGCCUAGUGGCUUUUUAGAAGAAAUACUGGGCCGACGAAGCGAGGAUGCUAUGGAUCUCGGGCCUUAAAUAAUACCAAAAAACUCAGCUGACUUGGGACAUUGGGUAGUGUAUAUAUGUAAUAGAUACUCUUUUUUUAUUAUUACUGCAACCUU